GACUGCUGACGUGUUUUUUGGGUGUGUCCGUUUAAGAAGAUGAACCUGGAGGUGUACAGCGAGCUCCUGGGCCACAGGAGCGACGUCAACUGCUGCGCCUGGUCCCCAGAGAACCAAACUCUCUGCUCGUGCGGCGGUGACAAGACCCUGCGUCUGUGGAACGUGCACGAGAAGAAAGAAAUCCACCCGUCUCCAAUUAGCGCGCACCGAUUCUACGUGAACUCGGUCGCCUACAGCCCGGCUGGAGACAUACUGGCGAGCGGUUCCAGCGACACGACCAUUAAAAUGUGGUCCACCACAUCAUGGGCUGUACUUGCGACGCUGAGCGGUCACAAUGGAGCGGUGCGUGGACUGGCGUUCUCCCCCGACGGAUGUCUCCUGGCGUCGAGCAGUGACGACACUAUGGUCAGGGUGUGGGACGUCGGUAGCCACCGGUGCAUCGCCACCCUCGAGAAACACACUGAGAGCGUGACAUCGGUCUGUUUCGCACCCGUGGGGUGGCUCCUGGUCACGGGCUCGUCCAGUGGUGACGUCAUUCUCUUUGACUGCUUCAAAAAGACUUCCGUCGCUAGAAUUCUCAGAGCCGACGAACUAGGGGUCAACACCGUUCAGGUUUCUCCCAGUGGUGAAGCGACAGACAGUGCCUUCUCCUUUGCGUGUGCUGGGGGAGACGGGAUCAUACGGCUCUGGAGCGUCACCCUGACACCUGCCGGAAAGAGUGAGUGUCUUGAAGACAGGGAAGAAAGUAGCCUGCCUCAUUUGUGUCUCUCUCCGUUUUGUUCUCAAACAGUACAAUGUGUACUAUCUAUUACCUUUCAUGGGGGCAAAAAAUUUAGUCUUGUGAGAAAUAUGGGGGGAGGGGGGGAGGAGUUAACACAGACAACACCACUCUCAGUAAAU